ACCCGGACGGGACGACUGGAGAUCGGAGGCGACCGAAAGAUCAGAGAGAGCGAGGACCGGAAUUGAGGAGCAGCCAGGCGAGGUCUGAUGGGGACUUGGACUGUAGCCAGGGUGGUGCUGGGAUGGGCCGCCGUGUGUUGGGCGUCGCUGCAGACGAUGCAGGCUCAGGGAGACGGAGGUCUGCAGGCCAACCUCUUUAAUGGAAAGCCGGAGGGGGAGAUCCAGCAGAGGGUGCGCAGAAGAGGACAGGAUCCCCUCAGGGGACCUAACGUGUGUGGUUCCCGGUUCCAGUCCUACUGCUGUCCGGGGUGGAAGACGCUCCCCGGGGGGAACCAGUGUAUCGUGCCCAUCUGUAGGAACACGUGCGGCGAUGGGUUCUGCUCCAGGCCCAACAUGUGUACCUGCUCCAGCGGUCACCUUGCUUCCAGCUGUGGAGCUGCAGCUGCUGCAGUUCAGUCCUGCAGUAUCCGCUGUAUGAACGGAGGAGCUUGUAACGAGGAUUCGUGUUCCUGUCAGAAGGGAUAUACAGGAACUCACUGUGGACAGCCCGUGUGUGAGAACGGGUGUCAGAACGGUGGACGAUGCAUCGGGCCCAACAGAUGCGCCUGUGUGUACGGAUUCACCGGCCCCCAGUGCGAGAGAGAUUAUCGAACUGGACCCUGCUUCACUCAGGUCAACAACCAGAUGUGCCAGGGCCAGCUGAGCGGCAUCGUGUGCACCAAGACUCUGUGCUGCGCCACCAUCGGCCGAGCCUGGGGUCACCCCUGUGAGAUGUGCCCCGCCCAGCCGCACCCCUGUCGCCGAGGAUUCAUUCCCAACAUCCGCAGCGGCGCCUGCCAAGACGUGGACGAGUGCCAGGCCAUUCCGGGUCUCUGUGCAGGAGGGAACUGUAUUAACACCGUGGGUUCAUAUGAGUGCAAGUGUCCCGCUGGGCAUCGGCAGAGCGAGACCAGCCACAAAUGUGAAGAUGUGGACGAAUGCGCCACCAUUCCGGGCGUCUGUGAUGGUGGAGAUUGUACCAACACGGCCGGCAGCUAUGUGUGUACCUGUCCCCGUGGCUACAUCACCAGUUCUGAUGGGUCCAGGUGUAUCGAUCAGCGCCUGGGUACCUGCUUCGGGAACCUGGCUAACGGCCGCUGCGCCAUGGAACUGACCGGCCAGUACACCAAGAUGCAGUGCUGCUGUGAGACUGGACGCUGCUGGGCCAUGGGUCACCUCCCGGAGAUGUGUCCUGUUCGUGGGUCCGAUGAAUUUCGGAGACUGUGUAUCGACGGACUCCCCUUCAGCACCGGGAGAGACGGUCCUAUAUUUAACGGCUUCAAACACCCCGGACAAAACGGGCACGGCAACGGACAUGGACACGGGAACGGGCACGGACACGGCAUUGGGCACGGACACGGCAACGGGCACGGCACCGACACCAACGGAGACGGCCUAGUCGUGGACUGGAACAGCCGCGUGGGUCCGCUGUCCAAGAACGUGAGCACCACCAUCGACAUGUGUAAGCACUUCCCCAACCUGUGUCUGAACGGCCGCUGUAUCCCCACCCCCAACAGCUACCGGUGCGAGUGCAACAUGGGGUACAGACAGGACAACCCGGGCCAGUGCGGCGAUGUGGACGAGUGUGUCAGUAACCCCUGCGUGAACGGAGACUGCAUCAACACUCAGGGCUCUUAUCACUGCAAGUGCCACGAGGGCUACCAGGGCACCCCCACCAAACAGGCCUGCAUCGACAUCGACGAGUGCAUCGUGAACGGAGUGAUGUGUCGUAACGGCCGCUGUGUGAACACUGAAGGGAGCUUCCAGUGCAUCUGUAACGCCGGAUUUGAGAAAAGCCCCGAUGGCAAGAACUGUAUUGAUCACGAUGAGUGUGCCACCACCAACAUGUGUCUGAACGGUAUGUGCAUUAACGAGGACGGCAGCUUCAAGUGCAUCUGCAAACCGGGCUUCACCCUGGCACCGAGCGGGCGCUACUGUGUUGACAUCGACGAGUGCCAGACGCCAGGCAUCUGCAUGAACGGCCGCUGCCUGAACUCGGAGGGCUCGUUCCGCUGCGAGUGCCCGGCCGGCCUGGCCGUCGACCUGGACGGGAGAGUCUGCGUGGACACGCACAUGCGCACCACCUGCUACGGAGCCAUCAAGAUGGGCACGUGCUCGCGCCCCUUCCCCGGCGCCGUCACCAAGUCCCAGUGCUGCUGCGCCAAUCCCGAGCACGGCUUCGGCCAGCCGUGCCAGCCGUGCCCGAGUCGCAACUCAGCUGAGUUCCAGGCCGUCUGUAGCAGCGGAGUGGGCAUGACCAUCGAUGGAAGAGAUAUCAACGAGUGCGCCUUGGACCCGGAUAUCUGCCAGAACGGGAUCUGUGAGAACCAGCGCGGGAGCUACCGCUGCAUCUGCGGUAGCGGCUACGAGCCCGACGCCAGCGGCAAGAACUGCGUGGAUGUGAACGAGUGCAUGGUGAACCGGCUGCUGUGCGAUAACGGACUGUGCAGGAACACGCCCGGCAGCUACACCUGCUCCUGCCCAUCAGGCUUCGUCUUCAAGCCCGAUUCGGAGACGUGCGAAGAUAUUAACGAGUGCGAAUCCAGUCCCUGUAUUAACGGAAUUUGCAGGAACGUGGCCGGAUCCUUCAACUGCGAGUGCUCUCGGGGCAGCAGCCUGGAUUCGACCAACACCGUCUGCGUGGACAGCGUGAAGGGAACCUGCUGGCUGACCAUGCAGGACGGACGCUGCGAGGUGAACAUCAACGGCGCCACGCUGAAAUCCGAGUGCUGCUCCACUCUGGGAGCCGCCUGGGGGAGCCCGUGUGAGGCCUGCGAAAUCGACACCGCUUGCCCCCGUGGUCUCGCCCGCAGGAAGGGACUCGUGUGUGAAGAUAUAAACGAGUGUGAGGUUUUUCCGGGCGUCUGCUCCAACGGCCGCUGUGUGAACUCGCACGGUUCGUUCCGCUGUGAAUGCGCCGAGGGUUUGACCCUGGACGAUAGCGGCCGGACCUGCGUGGACGUACGCAGUGAGCAGUGCUACCUGAAAUGGGACGAGGACGAAUGCGGAGAGCCGCUCCCGGGUCGGUACCGGCUGGACAUGUGCUGCUGCUCGGUGGGAGAGGGGUGGGGCUCGGACUGUGAGGCCUGUCCCAAACCUGGAUCGCCGGAGUACAAGAGCAUCUGUCCCCGGGGCCCCGGAUUCGCCAACAGGGGAGACAUCAUCACCGGAAAACCCUUCUAUAAAGACGUGAACGAGUGUAAGGUGUUUAAAGGCCUGUGUACGCACGGGAUGUGCCGCAACACCAUCGGCAGCUUCAAGUGUCGCUGUAAUAACGGCUUCGCUCCCACCAUGGAACAGAGGAACUGUACCGACAUCGAUGAGUGCGCUAUUUCGCCGGACCUGUGCGGCCAGGGGACGUGCGUGAACACGCCGGGAAGCUUCGAGUGCGAAUGCUUCGACGGCUACGAGAGCGGCUUCAUGAUGAUGAAGAACUGCAUGGACAUCGAUGAGUGUGAGCGGGACCCCCUGCUGUGCCGAGGUGGCACGUGUCUGAACACGGAGGGCAGUUACGAGUGUGAAUGUCCUCGAGGUCACCAGCUCAGUCCGGAAGGAUCCGCCUGCGAAGACGUGAAUGAGUGUGAGCUGAGCGAUAACCUGUGCCGAAACGGCAAGUGUGUUAACAUGGUGGGAUCGUACCAGUGCUCGUGUGAUAUGGGGUACCAGGCCACUCCAGACCGACAGGGCUGUGUGGAUGUGGACGAGUGCACCAUCAUGAACGGAGGAUGCGAUACACACUGCACCAAUUCAGAGGGAAGCUACGAGUGCAGUUGCAGUGAGGGAUACGCCCUGAUGCCCGACCUCAGGACCUGUUCCGACAUCGACGAGUGUGAGGACAUGCCCGACAUCUGCGACGGCGGUCAGUGCACCAACAUCCCCGGAGAGUUCCGCUGCCUCUGCUUCGACGGCUUCAUGGCCUCCAUGGACAUGCGCUCCUGUCUGGAUGUGAACGAGUGCGACCUGAACCCCAACAUCUGCCUGCACGGGGACUGUGAGAACACCAAGGGUUCCUUCAUCUGCCACUGUCAGCUGGGCUACCACGUGAGGAAGGGCUCCACCGGCUGUACGGAUAUUAACGAGUGUGAGCUCGACGCUCAUAACUGCGACAUGCACGCCGCCUGCGUCAACGUUCCCGGGAGCUUCAAGUGCCGCUGCAGGGACGGAUGGGUGGGAGACGGCAUCAAGUGUGUCGAUUUGGACGAGUGCGCGACAGAGGACCACAGCUGCAACCCCAACGCCGAAUGUGUCAACACGCCCGGGUCUUACCGCUGCGCCUGCAAGGAGGGCUUCAACGGAGACGGCUUCUUCUGCUCCGAUACGGACGAGUGCGCCGACAACGUGAACCUGUGUGAGAACGGUCAGUGUCUGAACACGCCCGGUGGAUACCGCUGCGAGUGCGAGAUGGGCUUCAACAACAGCGAGGACAGCCGGACCUGCCAGGAUAUCGACGAGUGCAGCUUCCAGAACAUCUGUGUGUUCGGAACGUGUCAGAAUCUGCCCGGAAUGUUCCGCUGUGUGUGUGACGACGGGUACGAGCUGGACCGCAGUGGAGGGAACUGUACGGACGUCAACGAAUGCGCCGACCCCGUGAACUGCAUCAAUGGCCUGUGUGUGAACAUGCAGGGAAGCUACCUGUGUAACUGCCCCGCCGACUUCGAGCUCAACCCCACGGGCGUGGGCUGUGUGGACACCCGGGUGGGUAACUGUUUCCUGGACACGCUGGAUCGGGGCGACGGCGGUAUCUCCUGCAGUGCUGAGAUCGGAGUGGGCGUGUCCCGAGCCUCCUGUUGCUGCUCUCGGGGCGGAGCCUGGGGGAACCCGUGCGAACUUUGCCCUCUUCUUAACUCCACGGAAUAUAAAACUCUGUGUCCUGGAGGAGAGGGAUUCAGACCGAACCCCAUCACUGUCAUCCUCGAGGACAUCGAUGAAUGCCAGGAGCUGCCCGGUCUGUGCCAGGGUGGAAACUGUGUGAACACGUUUGGUAGUUUUCAGUGUGAAUGCCCGGCUGGUUACUACCUCAACGAGGAGACGCGCAUCUGUGAAGAUAUCGACGAGUGCUCGGCUCACAUCGGCAUCUGCGGCCCGGGGACGUGCUACAACACGCUGGGUAACUACACCUGCAUCUGCCCCCCGGAGUACAUGCAGGUCAACGGGGGCAACAACUGCAUGGACAUGAGGAAGAGCGUGUGCUACCACAGCUUCAACGACACGUGUGAGAACGAGCUCUCCUUCAACAUGACCAAGAAAAUGUGCUGCUGCGCCUACAACGUUGGCAAAGCCUGGAACAAACCCUGCGAACCCUGUCCCGUACCUGCAACCGUGGAGUAUGAGCAGCUGUGUGGAAACCCCGCUCCAGGCUUCAUCAUCGACAUCCAGACUGGAAAACCCAUCGAUAUUGACGAGUGCCAGAUUCCAGGGAUCUGCGCCCACGGAGCCUGUAUCAACCAGAUCGGCAGCUUCCGCUGCGAGUGUCCGAUGGGCUUCAGCUACAACAAUAUCCUGCUCGUCUGUGAAGAUAUUGAUGAGUGUAACAGCGGGGACAAUCUGUGCCAGCGUAACGCCAACUGUAACAACAUCCCCGGCAGCUACCGGUGCGAGUGCUCGCCCGGAUUUAAACUCUCCCCCAGCGGAGCCUGCGUGGACCGUAACGAAUGUCAGGAAAUCCCGAACGUGUGCAGCCACGGCGAGUGUAUUGAUACACAGGGAAGCUACCGCUGUCUCUGCCACAAUGGCUUCAAGGCUACAGCGGACCUGACCAUGUGCAUGGAUAUCGACGAGUGUGAGCGGCAGCCGUGUGGUAACGGCACAUGUAAGAACACCGUCGGGUCCUACAACUGUCUCUGCUUCCCCGGCUUCCAGCUCACGCACAACAACGACUGCAUGGAUGUGGACGAGUGCACCACUCUGAAAGGCCAGGUCUGCAGCCACGGUCAGUGCAUCAACACUCUGGGAUUCUUCCAGUGUCUAUGCCAGGAGGGAUUCGAACUCACGCCCGACUCUAAAAACUGCGUCGAUGUUAAUGAGUGUGUGACGUUCCCGGGCACGUGCUCCCCAGGAACCUGUCAGAACCUGGAGGGGUCGUUCCGAUGCAUCUGUCCGAAGGGUUACAAGUUGCAGAAUGAGCAGUGUAUAGACAUUGACGAGUGCACCUCCGAGCCCAAUACCUGUCUGUUUGGCACCUGUAUUAACACACCAGGAAGUUUCCAGUGUAUCUGCCAGUCAGGAUUCGUUCUCUCUGACAAUGGAAAACGCUGCCACGACACCCGGAAGAGUUUCUGUUACACCCGUUUUGAAUCCAGUAAAUGUUCGGUGCCCAAAGCUGUGAACACCACCAAGGCCGAGUGCUGCUGCAGCCUGAUGCCCGGCGAGGGCUGGGGCGACCCCUGCGAACUCUGCCCCAGCGAAAACGAGACAGCUGGUUUUACAUCACUGUGUCCCUACGGUCUCGGAACUGUUCCUGGACGUGGUGAAGGACGCGUGGAUAUGAACGAGUGUCAGGACAACCCGGGGAUCUGUGAGAACGGUCAGUGUAUCAACACUGACGGGUCAUUCCGCUGUGAGUGUCCCUUCGGCUACAACCUCGACUACACAGGCAUCAAAUGUGUGGAUACAGACGAGUGUUCCAUCGGGAACCCGUGUGGUAACGGUACCUGCACUAAUGUGGAGGGUGGAUUUGAGUGUUCCUGUCAGGAGGGCUUCGAACCUGGACCCAUGAUGACCUGUGAAGAUAUUAACGAGUGCAGUCUGAACCCUCUGCUGUGUGCUUUCCGCUGUGUGAACACUUUCGGCUCGUACGAGUGCAUGUGUCCUUCAGGCUACGUGCUGCGUGAGGAUCAGAGGAUGUGUCGAGACCAGGACGAGUGUGCGGAGGGGCUGGAUGACUGUGAGAGCCGGGGCAUGCUUUGCAAGAACCUCAUCGGCACCUUUAUGUGUAUCUGCCCCGCUGGCAUGACCCGGCGCCCGGAUGGAGAGGGCUGUAUGGAUCUGAACGAGUGCCGCGCCAAACCGGGCAUCUGCAAGAACGGCCGCUGCGUGAACACCGUGGGGAGCUACCGCUGCGAGUGUAACGAGGGAUUCGAGCCCAGCUCCACUGGCACUGAGUGUAUAGAUAACCGGCAGGGCUACUGCUUCACCGAGGUCCUGCAGACCAUGUGCCAGCAGUCCUCCACCAACCGCAACAGCGCCACCAAGUCUGAGUGCUGCUGCAACGGGGGACGGGGCUGGGGCCCGCAGUGCGAGCUCUGCCCCCUGCCUGGCACCAUCCAGUACAAGAAGAUGUGCCCGCAUGGACCGGGCUACACCACCGAUGGCAGGGAUAUUAAUGAGUGUGAGGUGCUGCCCAACCUGUGUAAGAACGGCCAGUGUAUCAACACCGUCGGGUCCUUCCGCUGCCACUGCAACAUCGGGUACACCAACGACUUCAGCGGCACGUCCUGCAUCGAUUUGGACGAGUGCUCUCAGUCUCCCAAGCCGUGUAACUUCCUGUGUAAGAACACGGAGGGCAGUUACCUGUGCUCGUGCCCCCGCGGGUACGUCCUGCAGCCGGACGGAAAGACCUGCAAAGACUUGGACGAAUGUUCCACCAAGCAGCACAACUGCCAGUUCCUGUGUGUCAACACCAUCGGAGGGUUUACCUGCAAGUGCCCACCUGGAUUCUCUCAGCACCAGACGGCGUGUAUCGAUAACAACGAGUGCACCGGCCAGUCGAGUGUGUGCGGGUCCAGAGCCUCCUGCCUCAACUCCCCUGGCAGCUUCAGCUGUGAAUGCCAGAAGGGAUUUUCUCUGGACGGCACCGGGAUCGAGUGUGAAGAUGUGGACGAGUGCAGCGGGAACCACCGGUGCCAGCACGGAUGCCAGAACAUGCUGGGAGGUUUCCGGUGCGGCUGCCCGCAGGGUUACAUCCAACAUUACCAGUGGAACCAGUGCGUGGAUGAGAACGAGUGUGCUGGCAGUCAGGCGUGUGGAUCAGCCUCGUGCUACAACACGUUAGGCAGCUUCAAGUGCAUGUGCCCGUCAGGCUUCGACUUCCAGCAGGGCAGCGGCGGAUGCCAAGACGUUAACGAAUGCACCACGUCCAGCAACCCGUGCAACUACGGCUGCUCCAACACAGACGGCGGCUACCUGUGUGGAUGUCCUGGUGGCUUCUUCAGAGCGGGACAGGGACACUGUAUCACAGGCGUGGGCUUCCAGGGUCAGUUCGGCUCUGAGGAAGACGACGAGAGCGCUCUAUCACCCGAAACCUGUUACGAGUGUAAGAUCAACGGCGGUGCCGGCAAGAACGGUCGCCACAGACGUAAUGCCGCGGAUAACGAGCUAAAGGUGAGCAUGGCCAGCGUGGACACUCAGACGUCCAUCCCCAUGAACCUGUCUCUGGCGUCGCUGCAGAACAAAGAGCCGCUGCUGGAGCUGCUGCCGGCGCUGGAGCCGCUGGAGCACCACGUCCGCUACGUCAUCACCCACGGCAACCAGGGCGAUCACUUCCGCCUGCUGGAGCGGCGCGACGGCAAGAGCGUCCUGCGCCUGGGCCGCAGACCCCCGCCGGCCGGCACGUACCGCCUGGAUAUCGCCUCUCUGCCCCUGUACGGCCCGCGCCAACUGCGCCAGCUGGAGGACCAGCACGACGCCGACUACCUGCUGGGAGAGAUCGGCGACGCCCUGCGUAUCAGGCUGAACAUCCACCUGCACUGAGCACCCGCCGGGCCCCCGACCCAGGCCCCGGCGCCACAGGGGCCUUUGUAAUGCUGAAGAACUGUCUUCAUCGUUCUGUCCACCGUCACGCCAAAGAACGACCCACGUGCCCGAGCGACAAUCAGAAACCAAAUACUGUUUUAUAGAAGGACUCGACGACCAAAGAGGACUGAAGCUAGUAACCAAAUCUUUCCUUUAUUAUCUACGAGCAUCUGUUUUUUACUUGUUUUGUUUGUUUUUUAGACUUUAUCGUAGCAACUAUAUCAGCCAAAGAUGCACAUAAAACGAAACGCGUUUGAUAUAAUAUUCAGAAAUGUAUACGUACGUCUUACAGCCCAGAACAACCACUGACCUUUUUAUAAUCUCAGUAAACACUGGGGUCAAAGUAUUUAAGGAGAUUCCGCUCAGUAUUGUGUUAUUCAUAACCGAUUGUACUGUUUUAUAAGAGAGAAAAAACGUCACGAAGGACUGCAAAAAAUAAAACCAUCACAGCGUUUCAGGUCAAAAUGGGAGUUGAUCAGAUCAGGGAUCGUCGCCAGGGCUGCGUUAUGGAGUCGAAAACAGCACACGGGAGGAUAUGAGGAUAUAAAAGAUUAAAGAUUAAAAGUCCUAUUUAAAAAUCUUCUUUAAAGUCUGUCUGUGUAUGGGGAUUUGUGCCCCAUUAAGUCAAAAAGGAAAGAGUCUUCUCUUAGAAGUGUGUAGUGUAUAUUGUGCCGAUGCUCCCAAUACCUCCACCCUGCUUCACAUUUCAUUUGAACGGUGCUACGACGGUGCGGUUGCUGCCAAACCGCUUUUCUCUACCCAGUCUGGGAUACUUGAUCUACUCUGCAGUUUACACAGCUCAUCCAUGGGGCCUCAGUGUCCACCACUGACAGUUUUUAGUACGAGCAGUAAUGCGUAAUGUGAGGAAGCCUGGGGGGGGGACUUUUGUGGCGGGUUUGGUACUCAAGUGGUACACUGGCUGUGUUUAAAAAGGUCCACUACAUACUACUCACAUACUGAUGUGGUCCCAAAUCAGUAUGCAGUACACAGUAUGCGACCAAAAUGUUCUUUCUGGGGGUACUGCGUCCCGGAACCUUUAUACAAUUGUGGUCCCUGCGGUAUGGUUUGCUUUUGUUGCAUACUCGAUGCUGUACUGCAUACUACUACAGGGAUCAGUAUGUAGAAUGCAGUAUAUACUGAGUGCAGUAUGUAGUACAUACUGAAUUUAGUAGAAUUUAGUAUGUAGUGUGCAGUAUAUACUGAAUGCAGCAUGUAGUAUGCAGUAUGUACUAUGGAAGCACUUAUGCAAGUCGCUCUGAAUAAGAGCGUCUGCUAAAUGCCGAAAAUGUAAAUGACCUGAAUGCAGUAUAUACUAAAUGCAGUAUGUAGUAUGCAGUAUGUACUGAAUGCAGUAUGCAGUAUAUACUGAGUGCAGUACACUGUAUAUACUGAAUGAAGUAUGUAGUAUGCAGUAUAUACUGAGUCUAGUAUGUUGUAUGCCGUAUAUACUGAGUGCAGCAUGUAGUAUGUAGUAUGCAGUAUAUACUGAAUGCAGCAUGUAGUAUGUAGUAUACAGUAUAUACUGAAUGCAGCAUGUAGUAUGCAGUAUGUAGUGUGCAGUAUAUACUGAGUGUGGUAUGCAGUAUGUAGUGUGUAGUAUAUACUGAGUGUGGUAUGCAGUAUGUAGUGUGUAGUAUAUACUGAGUGUGGUAUGCAGUAUGUACAGUAGUGUGUAGUAUAUACUAAAAGCAGUAUGUAGUAGGCAAUUUUGAACACAGCCACUGGCAUAUUUUUCCAGCAGCCACACCCUAUAAACUUGAGAAAUCCGAUCCUGUCGUCCACACGAUCAACUCCCAUUCGUAUGAUUUCCUCUCAAGGUUUUACAAGGUGCUACGCGACUCCAGAAGUGCUAAUAAUAAUUCACGGAUUGCAAUCGUGACCUUUUUUUAAAAAAUCUGAUGUUUUUGGUUUUGUUUUGUGUUCGUCUCGUCUUUUUGUACCGUCUCAGUGCUGAAAAUUGACAUUAUCAAACUUCGAAACGCUUUUCGACUAAAUGUAAUUGUAUAUUUUAAAAUGAAAUGUCGAUUUUUUUUUUUUAAAGCAUCAAAGCCGCCGAACCGAACGCGCCAGGUUAAAUGCUGUUUACUUUGUUUUUCUGCUGCCACCAGACACUGAGUGAUCGGCAUCACUGUUUACAGUCCUGUACGUGGUACCCACUGAAAUAAUGCCAGCCUAGCCUGGCGUUGAUGUGAAGUGGGCGCAUCGUGGACGUGAUCCGGUGCUAAAUCCACACGAGAGCUUCCUAAACACCGAGGUUACCAGCCUGCGCUAAUAUUUAUGCCUGUUUUGUGUUGUUGUCAGUCAGGAGUUGAUUUGCCACUACAUGUACCAGAACGAAUGUGCCCGCGCGCGUGUGUGUACUGUAUCUCAGCAUCAUGUCAUUAGCAAACUUGAAACGUCUCUCUCGUCAUCACGCUGUAUCUCUGAAGUGGUUGACGCCCUUCGGAACCGAAGAAAACGACCCCUGGUGCUCGGGGGCCCCGGCGCUCCCGCCGUCUCACACGGGGCCUCCUCGGAAAUCUGUGAGCCGUAGAAGUCCGAAAACGAGCCGGUGUAAUGGUAGAACAUGUUUUUGAUCUGUUUGUAGCACGCAGUGUUUCACAUCGUUUUGUAAAAUGCAACAAAUGGCAAUAAAUGAACCUGGGAUGUUUUUAA